GUUUCAGAAGAAAAUGAACUAUUUCCCGGUUCUUACAGACUGCUACAUACGCGUUUCUGUCUCUUUCUAUUCUCAAACUCCUCCACUCUUCUAAUAAUUAAAGUUUCCAGCAGUGCCUCGCACAUGUCGAACACUGACUACUGUUCCGAAAUGGGUUUGUCACCUCCCACAAGUGUUGACAAUAGUGCUGAUCAGUGUAUUGUUGAUAACGACGAAAACUACUACAACGACGCGUUUUUCAAUGAUUUAGACGUUGCCACCAAUGAUCUAAAUCGCGACUUGAUUACCGAUCAACACGACGCGUUUUACUCUCUUCCCGCUGCGACAUUGGAAGACGAUGCUGGUUUCGCGUUAAUGAGCCACUUGCUAUUGAUUACUUCUAGUAUGACCGCCGCUAUCGGUGCUCCUACUGGUUCAGGUCAGCAUAACCUGUUAAACUCGGUACCAACAACAACAAUAGCACCGACGGCGAUAUCUUCAUCAUCACCAUCGAUAUUUUCAAUAACACCCACAUCUACACCACCAGUAUCAGUAAUACAUGAACAAAACGACAGUAAUACAGCUGAAAACCCGGUUCUAUCAUACUCAGUACCAUUUAUUGCUCCAGAAGAUAUCCUACGACAGCGACAACAUACUCUACACCGGGAAGGUCAGCUACCGCCCCCAGCAACAGUGAUUGCUACAUUAUCGUCACCUAUCGUUCCUACAACAACAAGCUUGCCUUUGGCAAAAAAUGAACAAGAAGUGCAGGCUGCAAGAAAAAUUGCUAUCAAGCCCGAAACUAGUAGAAGUCAAAAAGUAGUACCAAUAUUAGAAAGAGGAGGAACAGUGGAAAGAACAAAGGAGAUGAGAGAACACGAAAGGAAAACACAGACGCAACAAUCAAAACAAGUAGCAGCGGCGAAGAAAAAUGAUGUGGACAAGGAAGAACGACGACAGAAACGACUCUUGCGGAAUCGACUGGCUGCAAAAGAGUGUCGAGAAAAGAAAAGGCAGCAUCAAGAAUCUUUAGAGAAGCGAGUAGUGCAAUUGGAAGAAGAAAACGAACGGUUACGGGAAUCUGUCGACAGACUAAAAGAUAGACUCACACUUUGCCUGCAAAACCCGAAUGACUUCUAUCACCAUUCCCGUUAUUCCCUAGCCGCAACAUAGUUUCAAAGCAGUGUUAUAUAUACCUUUUCAAUCCUACUCUCAAUACUAUCACCAUCCGCUAGCAUAUGCCAACACAUUAUCAACCAUCCACAUCUUCAAAACUAACGUCUAUGAUAUGUAGAAUUAUGGCAUGUAAUAUAAAUGCUAAAUACACUGCAAUAAGAACGUUAUCCAGCGCAACUAUUUACGUUGAUCGGCAACUCCAGCACAACUAAGCUUUUGCGGCUGUGAUAACAAG